UACAAUACGGUGUGGCAGAGUCUGGAAUAGGAUUUGGGAUAAUUCUGUUGAGGAAAACCUUCUCCAAGGAGAUGACACCUGGAAGGGGCAUUGCAUUAGGAGGCAUUUACUGGGCAGAGGGGGAAAGCAGGGAGGAGAGGUAAGGAUAUACAAGAUUCUUAUUGGGAUGCCAUGUGUGUUGUAUGAAGACUUGACUUAAUCUCCAUACUCCUAUGUGGAAUGACACUCAACUCCAUUUACAGAGAAGGAGCAGAUGAUCAGAGAGGUUGAGUCACACCGGCAGGAAACAGCAGAGCUAGGAAUUCAAGCUAGAUCUGUGACUUAGAGCCCAGACUUUCUACUGCGCUUAAGGGGACCCCUGAGGGGAGAGGGCUCAAGACAGACCCUGGGGUCAUCCACACUGGGCGAUGGGACUACCCUGGAAAGGAGCAGUCAGACAGCAGGAUGACCAGGACGAUGCAGCGAUAAGAGCCGAGGAAGGUGCUUGUGUCACCGGGAGACUGGUGGCUUUCUCCCUUAGGCUCCCCUGAGGGCAGGUGCAGAGCGCGGAUGGCGCUUCCUGUCUGGGCGGAGCCGGUCAACAGCAUCUCCAGCCGCCGGCUCCAGCCUCGAAUGUGGGCGGGGCAGAGCCUCGUAAAGUGGGGGGAGGGGAGGAGCCAAUGUUAGCCACGCCCCCAACCAUUGUGCCGGGGGAGCUACAGGGCGAAUGGCCCGUUGUGAGCCAAUCAGGACGUGGCAUGUAAAUAAGCAAGUGGGCUCCCUGGGGGCGACCCCAGAGCGCAGUGUCGCCGCCCUCCAGCGGGUACAGACCGCUCUGACCGGCCCCGAGCGAGGCGCCGAGACUCUGGUGAGCGGGUCGGCUCUGGGCCAGGGGCGGAGGCCAGGGUCUGGGAGGAGAGAGGGGUGGACACACCCAGGCCCAGAGACCAUCGGAGGCAGGAUGCAGAUGUCCUCGGGGACCUCACCCCCUACGAUUCUGGACAUGGAUGGUGUGCAGAAGCCCAGGGGACUCCGAGCAGAGGAAGGGCCAGACGCACGAACGAUGUGGGGUGCGGGGAGCGAGGGACCCGCAGCCCCUGGGGCCACCGACGCAGUAGCCAACGGACGGACGUAGACUUGGACUCAUGGAGGCCUGGGGGGACCCUCACGCCAUCUCCCCGCCCAGUGCAGAGAGGAAUCCGCGGCUGCACUGCAGAACCAAAGAGAGGAGUUGGGCAGUGGGCCGGGCCACCCGCACUAUGGCCAGCUGCCGCCAUCACUCGGGAUACUUGGCCGACGAUGAGGCGGGCCACACUGCGUACAUGGCCCGGGUGCAGCCACCCAAGAAGCCACUGUUGCCGGAAAUGGGGCAAGCCUCCAAGCUGGGCCACAUGCCACACCCACCGUCGAUGUAUGGCCCCUCAGGCAGCUCAGGGCUCCGUGGCCACCGCCGAAACCUGAGAGGCCUACAGCCCUUUGGUAGCUUUCUGGAUUUCCUUGUUGAGGGCCAGGUCCUGGACAGCCUGCAGACGGUGGUGGAGGAGGCAACUGAGCGCAUGGCCACUGUGAAGACAGAGGCCGGGGUGCCGCUGGUGGAGGUGCAGGACCCUAUAGAGGUGCCGAGGGCGGGGCGGCGGGUGCGUGCCCAGCCAAGCCUCAGUACCGUGCACCGGCACCGUGCCCGGCCCAGCCUCUGCACCGGGCGCCCCAACAACUACCCAUCCUGCUCCAGCUCUGUGUCUGACUCCCAUAGCAGCUUCACAGCCGGCUGGUUGGGCUCCCGCUGCCCAGACAGUGACUUGGGAGCCCGUGGCUUGGGCCCACUGCCGCCCGUGAGGGACAAACUCCUGCUGGAGAAGAACCUCAAACGGCUGCUGCGGCUGGAGCAGAGAGGGAAAUGCCUGGGGCAGUCCUCCUCCCAGAGGAACUCUCUGCUGUGGGACUCGCUGGGCAGCCAGGCCAGCAGCCAGUGGACCCCGGAGCAGCCCCUGUCCUGGUUCUCAGGCCUGCUGGGCUCAAGCUCAGGCACGCCUGAGGCAUCAGACCUGGGGCCUGGAGAGCAGGAGCUGAGCUUCCUCAAGCAAGAGUUCAACAAGGAGAUCAAGUCCUUGCUGAGCCAGCCGGCAUCGCUCAACCUGCCAGGCUACUGUUCCCUCCUCGAGCCCCAUCAGACCCUGGGCUUCCUGGCCGAGCACCACCUCUUCCCCGCCCUGCAGAAUGUGGUCAGCCAGGCUGUGGAUAAGUUUAGCAAUGCCCGCCGCCACAAUGGCUGCCCUCUCUUCCUAACAGAAUGGGAAUUCCCUGGGGUCAGAAUUCCCACGACAGAGCCCAACUCUGGCCCAACAUCAGGCUCCAAGCUGGCCAUACCCACCGACCAGGAGGAACCCUGCGAGUCUCUCCACACCAUACCCUCCAGCCUCAAGAUGGUUCAUAGAAAGAGCAUCAAAUACGGAGGACGGGGCAAGCUCAAGGAAGGUGCUUCCCCCGUGUCUAAUGCCCAAGUGGCCACCAGGUUCAGUCUCAAGGUGACACCCACAGAAGAGCCCAAAGUCCCCUCACCCCACCCCAGGCAAGAGGUGCCCGACCAGGACCCUGAAGUACAGAGACCACCUGUGCCUGCUUCUGGGCCCCUGUGCUCCAGCCAGAGGGCCCGGCCCUGGCGGAGACUGCAUCUCAGCCUGCCCGCCCCGGGGAUCACUGUGGAAGUGCCCUCCAGCCAGACCCACCUGACCACCGGGGGCACAGCUCCACUUGCCUCCCCUUGCCCUCUCUCCUCCCACCACCACCCUGUAUUCUCACCACUCGCCUCCUUGAGCCCCGAGUACAGGUUCCUGAAGAAGAAGCCGCUGCCCUCCAUCUCGUCCAAGUCCACCAUGUCCCACCUCUCCAGCCCCUGGUAUGAGGAGCUCGUUAACUACUUGAUGGAGCAGUCCGUCUCCUUGCUCGUCUACAAGUACAAAUUUGAGAAGAACCUUACCGAGCAGCUGGGCUUCAUCUCCUUCCCUGUCACUGAGGUGCUCAUGGACCUCUUCCUGGGCUUCAAGAAGGUGAAGGGCUCCCGCAUCCGCCUGUCCUCAAAGAUUGACUGGAGCUGCCUGCUGCGCAAGCUCGAGGAGGCUGAAUGGGCCCGGCCGGUGUCCUGGCAGACCCAGCACGACGCCUCCCACCUCGGCUCCUCCCAGCAUAGCAGAGAGUCCCCCUCCACGCUGCCCCAGCCAGCCACCGACAUGGAUCAGGAUGAGGCCACAGAGCCUGGCCUCGAUGCUGAGUUGGCAGACCCCCAGCUGCUCACCCCCGAGAAGGAUCCUACAGCUGAAGAGGAGGAGACCGCGAGCCUGCUGCAGGCCAAGCUCUCCACGGCCUCCAGCAUUGGCAUGGGCUCCAAUCCGUCUGAGCAGGCAGAGGACAUGGAGGAGAGCUGGAGCAGUGAGGAUGGCGAGGAGGACAACCACAACUUCUUUGGGGACCAGGGUGAGCCCUGGGGCCCCCCCAAGGCUCAAGUGGAGGCCAAGGUCAGCCACUCCACAGAAGCAGGCCACGGUGACCCCCCGUGAGGGCCCCCAUAAGCCGCACUGAGCGCUCAGUUCCCUGCUCCUCCUCCUGCUGUCAGAAUGCUACCCACCCAACCUGCCCCUGCCCUGAGCAAAGGUCAGAAGGGCCGAACGCCCCUAGGGAGCUCUGCUGUGCCUCUCAGGGGAGCCAACGGGGCAAA